AUGAAAUUGGAGUUGAACUGGAAUGUGCUACCUAUUACCAAGGGCUGGCCGUCAGCUCUUGUGUGUGCAUAUCGAGCCGGCCAGAUCACUCCUUGUUAUUUGGAUCCCAUCUUCUCCGGUUCUUUGAUUUUGCGUACUUCAGUUGAGGCAGUGUUUGAUCUUCCUUCUAUUUAUGAGGUUUCUUCUCCCAUCAUCACCAUUAUAGUCAGUUUGAUACUUCCAUUUUGCAAUGAUUGGAUAAAUACUAAUUCAGCUUCCAGUAUAUCUUAA